AUGGCAUCAAAUAAUCAAUCAAGGUCAACAUACUUAUCAAAGAGGCGGCGUAUAUCUAAAACAGUAUCUUCUAUAAUGAAAUAUAUAUCUGAAAGUGACGAAGAAGCUUCUAUUAUUAAUGAUGAAUUAAAUAAUUCGUUAUCAAAUGGUGACAGCAGUUCAGAUAAUAUUAGCAUUUUUAACAAUAUUAACCCAAUUUUUUCAUCUAUUUAUAUGCAAGCAAGUGAUUUAGAUAGUAGGUUUUGUAAUGAUUAUACAUAUGAUGACCAUCUUCAACAUUUUAAUUACAGCAGCGAUAAUGAAACAGUUGAUAGUGAGCUGAUUCAGUUAAAACUUGUAGAGCAGUUACGUGAGUGGGCUAUUAAGUUUAACAUAACACAUGUAUCAUUAACAUCACUAUUGAAACUAUUGAAUCCAUAUCACCCCUUAUUGCCUCAAGAUUCCAGAACACUGCUUAAGACUCCACGCAGUAUUGUAAUUAGAGAACUAGGAAAUGGGACUUACUAUCAUUUAGGACUGAGUAGUGGUAUUGAAAGCUUUCUCUCUGAUCAAAGACUAACUAAUAAAAAAAAUGUGUUAACAUUAUGUUUAAAUGUUGAUGGUAUUCCCUCAUCUAAAAGUACAUUAGAUCAAUUUUGGCCAAUAUUGUGUUAUGUUAUGCAGUCUCAAAAGCAAAAACCAUUUGUUGUUGGUAUAUAUAUGGGUAAAACAAAGCCAGAUUCACUUAAUAAAUAUUUAGACCAAUUUGUUACAGAGACUAAAGAAUUGUUGUUACAAGGUAUUUUGUUUAACGGAGCUCAUUACACUAUACAAAUAGGUGCUUUUGUUUGUGACGCACCUGCAAGAGCUCUCUUAAAAGAUAUCAAGCUUCACAGUGGAUACUCAGCCUGUGAAAAAUGUGUGGUUGAAGGUGAAUGGAGUGGAAGAGUAAUAUACACAGAUGUGAAUUGCCAACUGCGUACCAAUGAAGGUUUUGCUGCAAUGGAUGACCAAGAGCACCAUAAGGGUUCAACUCCAUUACUUGAGCUUGGAAUAGGCAUGUUUAAAGUUUAUGAAUUUAUACAAAUUAUGUCUGGUGGUAAAUAUAUAAUUGUAAAGUUUAUUGGGGAUGAAGUGGAGCCUGUUCCUUUAACAUGGUUGUCUGGAGAUAAAAAGUAUUGCUAUUGGCCGCCUUAUCAUAGUACUUCAAAGAUAAAAAAAAGCUAUUAUCACUUCUCAAAUACCUAAUACAGACAAUUGGUCUAUGCAUGAAGUGAUUCGUUUAUUUGGAACUGCAGGUAAAGCUUUUCUUAAAUUUCUGCUUAUAUUGU